AGAUUUACAUUGCGACGUGCAAAAUUUUUUUUUCAAUUCUUUUUUUCUCUCUUACAUGUUAUGUCACUUGACCGAGACUUGGUUAAAUCUCAAUUAACUAUGCACCCUUAACGAAAAAACUUAGCAACAAGAAGCUAGACACAUUAAACCCAUUAAGUUGCGCGUGAAGGGCGGCCAACCAGCUAUGCCACGUGGCGCAAGCCGCGGUGAGGAAUCUUUUAGAAAAAAAUUUAGAUGAAGGUGUGGAUUAUUUUUUAAAUGUAUUUUUUUUAGAUGGAGGUGAGGACCUCUAGUAUUUUUUAAAUGAAGAGUUAUGCAAAGUGGCACUUGCUGGUAGGCUGCGGUGGUAAUUUAUUUUACUUUUUUUUAGAUGAAGGUGAGGAUUUUUUUUGGAUUUUUUUUUAUACAGAGGCAAGGACUAUUUAUUUUUUUAAAUAAAAAUGUGUGCACAGCUUCUUCCUAAGUGGCGUCAUCGGAUGGCGCCCCAACCACUAAUGUGCAUUGCAAAGUUUAGUUGGUAGGCUCUUUCAUGCGCUUUUUUUGGAACUACUCGGUUCCCGACACUCCGUGCCCGAUUCUCACACGACACAUGAUCCAGCGGCUGUGCUGCACUUGCCGACACCCACUGGCCGAAGACGAUGCUUGAUCCAGCGGUCGGCCUCCACUUCGUGUGAGAUCAGUAGCAUCGUCCAAACAUCGGCUGACGGUGUGUAGCAUCUUACAUACGCAUAGUUCUAUCGAUAGCAUCGUCCAAGAAUCGUGCGUCGAGUGUCGUCAGUAUAGCAGCAUUCAUCUUUGCGAGAGUGAAUCAACUGAAUCCCGUGGGACGCAACCAGGAUGAGGCGAUGAGCUCGCCGCCGCGGACGGACAAGCUGCGCCGCGCAGGGUUCCGGCCGGUGUCCCUCCCCGGGAGCUAGCCAGGGGAUCGUCUCAGGUACGCCCGGGAGACGAGCCGCAGCAGCCGGAGCGCGCGAGCCAGAGGGAGGCGCUGGCGCGCACGCGAGGUGUUCGUCAAAAUGUCUAACAGCUAUUUGGUCUCGGCCGUCAUCGCCCCGCCUGGAGGUCGGGCCCCACGCGUCAGAAAGGGCGUCACGGCGUUGAUGAUUGCUGCUAUUCCUAACAUCAUCGGCUGGCUUGCCAUCUCCUUGGCAAAAGACACUACGUUUCUGUACAUGGGGCGGUUGCUUGAAGGAUUUGGUGUUGGUAUCAUAUCCUACACGGUGCCUGUAUACAUAGCAGAGAUUUCUCCUCGGAACAAGAGGGGCGCUCUGGGCUCUGGGAACCCGUUGUCUGUAACAACGGGGAUGAUGUUGGCCUAUGUGCUAGGGAUGUUUGUUUCUUGUAGGAUGCUUGCGUUGAUAGGAACCUUGCCAUGCACAAUAUUGAUACCUGGCCUGUUCUUCAUUCCAGAAUCUCCAAGAUGGCUGGCAAAGAUGAACAAGAUGGAUGAUUUCGAAGCCUCCCUACAAGUUUUGAGAGGAUCUGAGACCGACAUCACCUCAGAAGUGAAUGAUAUAAAGAUAGCGGUAGCAUCAGCAAACAAAAGGACGGCAAUCCGUUUCCAAGAAUUAAACCAAAAGAAAUUCCGCAUGCCCCUGAUACUAGGAAUUGGCCUGCUUGUACUGCAACAGCUAAGCGGGAUCAGCGCUAUACUGUCUUAUGCAGGCAGCAUCUUCAAAGCUGCAGGUCUUACAAACGGCAACUUGGCCGCAUGUGGACUUGGAGCUAUUAUGGUUCUUGCCACUGGAAUUACAACCUGGUUACUAGACAGAGCUGGCAGACGGAUCCUACUUAUUAUCUCUUCUGCCGGGAUGACUCUAAGCCUUCUUGCCGUUGCUGUCAUAUUUUUCCUCAAGGACAACGUUCCACAAGAUUCUGACAUGUAUUACAUAUUAAGCAUGGUCUCCUUGCUUGCUAUUGUGACUUGUGUAAUCACCUUCUCCUUCGGUAUGGGCGCCAUUCCAUGGGUCAUAAUGUCCGAGAUCCUGCCGGUUAGCAUCAAGAGCCUGGUGGGAAGCUUCGCGACGCUCGCCAACUGGCUGACCUCCUUUGGGAUAACAAUGACAGCAAACUUGCUGCUCAGCUGGAGUGCUGGAGGUACCUUUGCGUGCUACACGCUUGUGAGCGCGUUCACGCUCGUGUUCAUCAUCCUCUGGGUGCCGGAGACCAAGGGAAGAACUCUCGAGGAGAUACAAUGGUCGUUCCGGUGAGCUUGGUUGUUUCCGUCGAAUGUAUGUCGGAAUUAUUUUCAAGUCGGGCAUUGUCUUCUUUUUACUAGUCUGAUUGCUCGAUGGAGGCCAAUCAUACAACAGUUAUUGUGUGUAUACAAGUAUAUUCCUGUACAGGAUUGUUUCAGUUGACUUUGUAUAGAAGGGACAUGUCAUAGUAGUCCUGCUCUGUUAUCUUCUAUGGUUUCCGUGCUGGUGCAGCUGGUCGUCAGCUCCCACUGUGAUACCCCGCAAGAGAAAAAAUGAAGAAAAACUUCCACUGUGAUUGUCGUGCUCUGUUCUCAAGCUUUUGCUACUAGCUCAAAGUGUUCAUGAACGUGGUGAAUAUUUGUGCCAUUGUAACACACACUGAUAUCCUCUGCUUGAUUUUUUGUCUGG